CAUUUCACCACAAAAUUUUUGAAAUUUGAUUCCUAAACGCAUCCUUAUCCAUGGCCACCCUUCAAUCUUCGUCCCCAUUUUGUUCUUUCCAUUCUUCUUCAUCUUCCACCUCAAGAAAAAUCAGAGCUUCUCUGUACAACCAUAAUGUUUCAGUCUCCAAGCUUCUUGCUCAUGAGCUUAAACGAAGGAGAAUGUUACAGACCCUGAAAACAACAAAUACCCCCAUAGAAAUGGAGCCUAAAAUGGAAGUCUGUGAGCGAAAAAACAAUGAAGAUCGAGUAUUGCAACAGAUGUAUGCAAUAAUGAACAUUGUUGCGGAUAGAGAAGAGAUGCACAAGAACAUUGGAGAGCAAAGGGAUAACUGGAACCAUCUUUUGCUGGGUUCUGUGAACGGAAUGAUAGUUACGGCUGCUACAAUGGCGGGACUUGCGGCUGUUGCUAGAGGUGGGACACCAGCUUUAGCUCUGAAGCUCUCCUCUACCCUGCUUUACAUGGCAGCGACAGGCGUUUUGGUGGUGGUGAACAGGAUACAGCCGUCGCAGUUGGCAGAAGAACAGAGGAAUGCUUCAAGACUGUUUAAGCAGCUGCAUGAGGAGAUCAGGGGAAGCAUUGCUGUAAGAAACCUGAAUUACGGUGAUGUGAAGAAUGCAAUGGAGAAAGUGUUGGCCUUGGAUAAGGCAUACCCACUUCCCUUGCUCGGAACAAUGCUGGAAAAGUUUCCAUCAGUUGUUCAGCCCGCGGUGUGGUGGCCGGAGGAAAAGCCUCAACCAGAGAUGAAGCUCCAGGGUACAGAGAGAAAUGCGUGGGAUAAGAAGCUUGAGGAGGAAAUGAUGGAAGUAGUCGAUGUUUUGAAGAGAAAAGACACUGAAGAAUAUCUGAAACUAAGCAGAAGAGUCCUGAAAAUCAACAGAAUUCUAGCCAUCUGUGGCCCAUUCUUCACCGGAAUAGCCGCAGUUGGGUCAGCGUUGAUAGGAUCAACCUUCUCUGGAAUUGCUACCUACUUGGGAGUGGUUUUUGGGGCUUUGGCCGUUGUUGUUAACACUCUGGAGCACGGUGGCCAGGUUGGAAUGGUUUUUGAAAUGUAUAGAAGCUCUGCUGGGUUCUUCAAGCUGAUGGAGGAAACUAUAGAAUCGACAGUAGAGGAGAGGGGAGUAGAUGUGAGGGAAAAUGGAGAAUUAUUUGAAGUGAAAGUGGCUCUUCAGCUUGGAAGGAGUUUGACAGAGCUCAGAGACCUGGCCGGCGCCGGACAUAGGGAGACCGAAGAAGAAGAGUUUGCAAGCAAGCUCUUUUGACGUUCAAAUUUUAUUUGUCAACACUGUUUAACUGUACAAGAACCCAAUAAUCAUUAUAGAAAACAAAUUGUAAUUAAAGAAAAUUUUUUAAAAAAUAAAUAAAUGCAGACUGGUUCAACAGGAUCAUUUCAUGUUUAGAGGGUGUUUGGUGCAUAUUGUGAAAAAAGCUUUUUGACUCUAAAAGCACAAGCUUCACCAAACGGGUCAGCUUCCCAAACAUGCUGCAACUUUCUAGAAGUUCAUCUUCUUCCCGUUCCUUUGCAAAGCCCGGAAGCACCAAUUUCUUGCUUUUGCGGGAGUUUCUCGCUUCUUGUUUAAUGAAAUUGACAUGGUAUU